GCAUGGCGAAUAAGAAAAGUGACGAUUCUGUGUCGGUUAACCAAAAUCUGCCAAACAAACUUCUUUCAUGUUUGUAUUCUCAAAGACGCACCGGAAGACUUUGUGAUGUAGUAUUAAAUGUCGGAGAUGUUAAGUUUUCUGUACAUUCUUGUGUAUUGGCCUCCUUUAGUCCCUAUUUUAAUGACAUAUUCAUGUCAACAUCGGAAGGAACGCACGCUUUUGCAGAUUUUGAAAACAGUAAGAGUAGUCACGUAAAUGACUCUAUACAGAAAGAUAUUCUGGAGCAUUGGUCAUUAAGAAAUCCUUUGCAUUUGAAUCUUCCUCUCCUAGACUCAGGUUAUGGGAGAAGAAAAAUGGGUUGUUCAGAUUGUACUGCAAAAGUCUUGGAUUUUAUGUAUUUAGGGAAGAUACAAAUUCAGAAAGAACAUGUUGAUCAUGUCAAGUCAAUAAGUACGGUUCUUGAGGUAUCAGAGUUAUUGUUGAUCUGUGAUAAAUACAAUGAAAAGUAUGCAUCACAGAAGAGGAAACCAGAAAUUCUGAGGAAGAAGCCAUUCCCCAAGAAGUUGAAGAAGGAUGCAGGACCUACCGACGAUGAACGUUGUGUAAAUGUUGUGAAUAAUGACGAGGGUAAACAUAAUGAAGAAGAUUUAAGUGGUACCCAAAAGGGCAGUGAAACAAAUGAUACUAGAAAAAAUGUUGAUGGAUCUAAAAGUGAACCUGUUGUAUUAACAAAUCAGACUAGUAGAUUGGAUGAGGGUGUUAGUGCUGUAGUUAGUACUGCAAACAAUGAGAAGGUUGAUUGUUUAGUUUCAAACAACACUGUGGAUAGUUUUAAAUCUGCCGAUGACCCGUAUAUGUGCCACAUUUGUGAACUGAAAUUUUCAAGCUCCAUAUUAUUACGCCAACAUCGUGAAACACAUCGUGGAAGGUUACACACAUGCUAUGCUUGCAGAUAUUCUAGCUACAAAGCAUUUGAAUUGAUAAAACAUCUUCUGGAAGCAGAUCAUCAAGAAAUUGUUUGUUCUUUAUGCCUCUUUGAGGCAGAAACUCCUGAGAAAUUGAAAGAUCAUCUUAAGCAGCACAAUCACCCUAAACCAUUUUUUUGCAGUAUUUGCAAUGUGAGGUUUCAGACACGAGCAUCAUUAAAUACUCACACUCCUAAACAUUCAACAGAAAUGCCAUUUUCAUGUUCACUUUGUAAUAGAGCAUUCAAGUGGAAGCAAGGUUUACAGAAUCAUAUGGCUGUGCAUACGCCAGAAAAGAGACUCUUGUGUUCUGAAUGUGGCUUUAGCACGGCAUACCAAAGUACAUUCAGGGCGCACACACUCAUGCAUACCAGUAACAUGUUCAUUUGUCCACAUGCAGAAUGUAACUUCAAAUCUGCAAGGAAACAAAACUAUGUGUCGCAUCUCAUGACGCACAAUAAAGAGAAACCCUACCAAUGUGAAGUGUGUGGUCAGUCCUACUCUCAGUCUAAGAACUUGCGCCGACAUGCUGUUAAACAUGAUGCAGUAGCAGAAGAAUUCUUAGAGCACUGCCCUUUGUGUUUGUAUCAAACCAUGCGUCUUGAUAAGCUCAAAAUCCAUUUCAAGAAACACCAUCCCAAUGGUGAUGAAAAACUGUUGAAUCUCCAGAGGAGGAAACAUCGUAUGCCUACGUUAAAAACAAUAAAUAAUUCAAAUGUAAAUAUGUCAGAAAACAUGAAACAAGGACCAGAAGCUGUGACUGCUACUAACUGUGUUAAGAAUUCAGAACAAUUUAGUAUGGAGACACAACAACUGCAAGAAGUUCAGUUAGUCAACAGUAGAAGGGAGAAUAAACCAUCUGAAGGAAAUACUGUCAUUGUCAAUGGUCUUCAGCUGUUGCAAGAAGGUACAAAUGGAAAUGCAACAUUCAUAAUUACAGGUUUAAAUACUCGACUACCAGAGCUCGUCACUUCCAGGGAUGUGGACGAGACAUCACUGAAUAAUUUCCAAAGGGGCUCGCUGCUUUUUAAUGAAGAAGGAGCAGUACUUUUGUUAGAUAAUUUGAACACCGUUUUUGUUCCAGCAAAUGAGAAAUGCCCAUUAGUACCAUUAAGUUUUAACUCUGUGAAUAGCCUUCAUGUUCCUGAUGUCGUUGUUAAACAAAAUGAUGCUGUACAGAUAGGUAACGAGAGACCUAACCUAAAUGCAACAUUGAAAACAAUAAGUGUGGACAAUAGCUCACAUCAGCAGCAGUUACUUCGAACAGAAACCCUUCCUGCUAGCCGUAGCUUGAAUCCAAAACUUUCACAUAGAGAUGAUAUGCAAAAUAUUCCAUUGGACAUCACAAAUAAUGAGAACUUGCUAAAGAAUUCAAAAACCUGUGACAGUAAGUUAGUGUCAGGGGAUAGUUUCACAGUUAUGUUCAAUAAUAUCAAUGACUCAAGGAUACAGCAGCUAACAGCCAUCGUGGAUGGCUUCAACAGAGGCGAAAUUCCGCUCGGCGGUGCAGAUGAUUCAAGUGCAUUGAAUGCAACAGUGGGGAGUCUCAUCAAUGAACAACUGCAGGCACUAACUAACCAUAAGGAAGAUUCGACAUUAGAUGUGCUUAAUAAUAAUGUGAUACAGGAACUUUUUGCAGAUGAUGGCGCUGGCACUGAACUGGAUGUUCUAAGUAAAGAUGUUGUCCAAGAAUUAGUCUUAAAUGAAGACUCGACAAACACAUUAGACAUUCUGAGCAAAGAUAUGCCACAAGUAGAUGGGAACGAAGAGACGUUAAGUGUAGUGUUGGAUAACAGUAAUAAAGACAAAGUCCUCCUGUGUCAUGAGACAAUCACAGAUGAUGCAGACAAUCUCCAGCACGCAUCUUCAGAAGGAUCAUCAGAGUUACAGGUGAAUGAUGAUUGUGAUAACCCAGUGCUACAAACAUUUCAGUCGUUUGAAUCAAUAUUGGAGUCAUUGUCAUUACCAGACAAAAUAUAAUUUAUAUGUAUGUGUGGGUAAAAGUACACAAACAGCUACAGACUUAUUUCUCAUCAAACUGUAUCAUCGAUACAGUGUACUUAAAGAUUAAUAUCCACUGUAAAAAUAUGAAGCUACUAAGCAAACGUGACCUAAUGUAGCAGCGACUUUUUGCAUAUGAUUUUGUCAGUGGACAAGGCACAGUGGCAUUGGAGUGGAAAUGCAGUAUGUGGGUUAUUAAUAACUGGUUCCAUGAGGGCAUGUCAUGAUACAGUUUCUGGAAUCCUGUACUUAAAAUUCUGGAUGUGGGCUAGCUCAGUUGGUAUAGUGACUAGGCUAGAGCCUGGAUGACCACGAAAUCGAGGUUCUAUUUCAAGGAGGGGCAAGAUCCAGACAACAUCCAGACUGGCCCUGCGGCCCACUCAGCUUUCUGUAUAGUGGGUACUUGGGGCUGUUUCCCUGAAGGUAAUGUGGAAGGGGCAUGAAGCCAUCCACUCACCUCCAUCUAGUGCUGAAUUUAAGAAUACUGGAGCUGUACCUCCACUCCCCUAUACAUCUUCAUGGCAUGGUAAUUAAGGCCAGGGACAAGAUUACCCUUUUAAAAUGAAAAUUGUUCUGAGCCAGUUCAAUCCACUCCAUCCUUAGAUCCAUUUUAAUAUUAUCCA